GUUGUAGAGUCAAUAAUGAAAUUAGUGUCCAAAUUAGAAUUCCUCAAUGAUCCAUUUGGUUCAUGAUUCAUUGUGUGUAGUAGUUUCUAUCACUUAUGGCGUCAUGCAAAACAUGGAUUUCCAGUUUUUGGUUAUUCCUGCUUAGUAUAACUGAAACUGGUCCUUAUGUUAUGACAGCAGGAAUUGAUAGAAGUUACCAUGAUCAAAUAUUACAGGAGAAUGACUUGAUAAGACUAAAAUUAUAUGAUCGUUAAUAAUAUUAAAUCUGUGUGAAUCUCAUAUACUAUCAGGUUCAUUUUUUGCUUUUGGUGUGUGAUUUAGCUCAUGACGGGCAUCCAAAUUGCUAGAUAGAUAUAUCACCGGAUGGAACACAGACGUCAACCCAGGAAAUCAUGGAACCAACUCAGUCUCCAUCUGCUCAUACUUGUAACUCACUCAUGCUUUUGAUAUCCAGACACUUGCAUUGCAGUCCAAGAAACAAAGCUCAAGCUUUCAAGCAACAUAAAGUGUGCUUCACUCACGGCAGUACAAGAGCUAUCCCGGGUGGCAGCUUCCUCCCAUCAAACUCAGAGAACCUCCUGCUCAUGGAUCCUCUCCCUACCUGUGCUCUUCUUUGCUCAAUCUUUAUACUCGGUGAACUUGUGAAUGGGCAAAUGGUUAUAUUCCACUUGAACAACAAGUGCCCUUUUCCAGUGUGGCCUGCAGCCGCCCCCAAUGCCGGCCAUCCUGUGAUUGCCGAUGGUGGCUUCCUCCUCCCACCCAAUCAGACAAAGCGUGUUCAUGCACCUCCGACGUGGAACGGCCGGUUUUGGGGUAGAACCGGUUGCGACUUCACCACCACCUCCAAACCAGGUUGUCAAACUGGCGACUGCCAAGGCCUGCUCUCUUGCAAUGGAACCAUUGGCACGCCUCCUGCUACCCUUGUCGAGGUUGCAUUACAGGAAGACCAAAGCAAGCCGAGCUUCUACGACGUGAGCGUGGUGGACGGCUACAACCUCCCGAUCGCCGUGUCGACGAAGCCAGCAUAUCGCAAGUGUUGGAUCGGAGGAUGCACGAAGAGCAUCAACAGCGUAUGCCCGCAAGAACUCCAGGUGUUGGACCACAGCGGCGCCGCCGUGGUCGCAUGCAAGAGCGCGUGUUUGGCCUUCGAUCUGGAUGUGUUCUGCUGCAGGAAUUCGUACGGGAAGCCGGAGACAUGUAAGCCCAGCGUGUACUCCGCCAUGUUCAAGGAUGCUUGUCCGAGCUACUUCAGCUAUGCUUAUGACACACCACCGCCACUGGUGAAUUGCUACUCCAGAGAGUAUGCCAUCACCUUCUGCCCCUCGAGAUGGGGUAGUCUUUUAUCCCAGUAAGAGAAAUCUAUCUGCUCAUGAAUGUGACAUGUUUCGGCUAUCUUCAGAUACAUCGGUGUUAGUAUCAUAUAUAUAUAUAUAUAUAUAUAUAUAUAUAUAUAUAUAUAUGUUCGGAUCUUUUAACAUAACCUAAAAAGAUUGUCUUCUGAGUUAGUAGCCUUACAUAGUUCUAAUCACGGUUCGAUUUGAACCGGUAUCGAAUCGGACUUUAAUCAGAAUUGAACCUUCUCAGUUCUAAUCACGGCUCGAAUUGAACCGGAAUCGAAUCGGACUGGAAUGAGAAUUGAACCGUCUCGGUGGCAAGUUGUCGUCCUAUGGAAUGAGAAUUAAUCCACAGGGCAAACACCGUAGAAGCCAUAGUUAAUGGUCACAACCACCCCCCGUCCCCCAUUCUUCCUUCGCUUCGCUCUUAAGAACAGCACAGGCACAACGGGGAUCAUGACUGCAAACCUUCCUCGGUCUCAUAAGCUGCACUCUAAGCUUCUCAUGGCGGCCGAUUCCUCCUCCUCCUCCUCCAACGCACUUCUGCUGUCAAUCUUUUUAGCCUUGAGCUUGCUGAUCCCCGCCGCGAGCUCGGACAUCUCGAGCGACGUGGCGGAGUGCGGCAGCCACCUGCUCGCGAUGCAGACGUGCAUCACGUUCGUCCAAGGGACCGCCGAGGCUCCCACGCCCGACUGCUGCGCUGGCCUCAAAACAGUCCUCGCCAACAGGCCCAAGUGCCUCUGCAUCCUUGUCAAGAUGCACGACGACCCCCAACUCCCCAUCAAGAUCAACGUGACUCGAGCUCUCGCGCUGCCCACCGCGUGCAGCGCCCGUGCCAACAUCUCCAAGUGCCCGCAGAUUCUGAAGCUGCCACCAAACUCCAAGGAAGCAGAGAUCUUCAAGCAGAGCGGGAGUCCAACUCAAGCUAAGGGAAACUCCACCAUUAACACCACCACCGGCACAUCUCCCCGGGCCUCGUCUGAGACCAGUAGUGGGAGGAGCGAUUACUUGGAGUGGAGAGGGUGGUUGGCAAGGAAAGCUGUGGUGGCUUGUGUUCUUUUCUUGGUGAUGCCGCUUCCACUUUCCACUUGAUCCUUUGCAGCACAAGGUUUCCAAGACACAGUGUUUUGCUUUGCUCGUCAUGUUUCCCAACCUACUCUCUCUCUCUCUCGCCUGUGGAAACAAUUAAUGUUGUUGUAAGUUUGUCACUAAUAUGUUGGACUGUAUGCCUCUACCAGUGAUAUGCCAAAAUAUUUAAUGGUUUGUACCACCAGGAAUAAAUCACUGUUCUACUUUGGCCACUCAA